AUGGCAUCACCAACCCCUUUGACCGCAGCGGAAAAGGAGCACUUCCUCAAGCAUGGUUACAUUCGACUUACAAACUGCUUCACCCGUGCACAGGCCGCGGAGGUGACAUCGGGGGUCUGGACCCGCCUGGGCAUGUCGCCAGACGACAAGACGACCUGGACCAAGCCACGGGUGAACAUGCCCUCACACCGGACAUUCGAUGUGGCCGAGUUCGCGCCGCGGGCCUGGGCCGCCAUCUGCGAGCUGUGCGGCGGCCAGGAGCGCAUUGACGAAGAUCGCUCGCGGCUCUGGCGCGACUCGCUGAUCGUCAACCUGGGGAGCCCCGAGGGCGAGGGCCGGCCGACGCCGCCGCGGAGUCUCGACAACUGGCACGUCGACGGCGACUUCUUCGUCCACUACCUCGACAGCCCCGAGCAGGGCCUGCUGGUCAUCCCGCUGUUCACGGACAUCCGGCCGCAGGGCGGCGGCACCGUCAUCUGCCCGGACGCGAUCCCGCGCGUCGCCGGCUGGCUGCACGAGCACCCUGACGGCGUGUCGCCGCGCAUGGUGCCCCGGGGCCACCCGGACUUCGCGCGCGAGCGCAACCUCGAGUGGUACUGCGACGUGGUCCAGGGCUGCGAGGCCUUUGUCGAGGCGACCGGCCAGGUCGGCGACGUGUAUCUGCUGCACCCGCUGAUGAUGCACUCGGCCAGCAACAACGCGCUGCGGGAGGUGCGGAUCAUCACGAAUCCGCCCGUGAGCCUGCGGGAGCCGCAUCGGUUCGAUCGAGAGGACGGCAACUACAGCCUGGUGGAGCUGAAGACGAUACAGAGCCUCGGCGGCGAGGAGAAACUUAAAGGUUGGAAGAUAACGAGGCCGAGGGAAGCUGUGAUCCCUGAGAGGGUCAGGAUUCAGGAGGCCAUGAGGCAAGCUGAGCUGAAGAGGCUGGAGGAGUCUAGAAACGUUCCGGUUGAAGCUUGA